AUGUCCAGCACGAGCACAGGCGCGAGCUCAACGGUGCUGUGCUCGGCCCAAGUCGCCUACAAGAAGGAUGCGGGCGUGCUGACGUUGACACCGGAGCUGCUCACGUUCGGAUCGACGUCGAGCUCGCAACCUCGAUUGGCCAUCACCACCGCCCGACUACUGGGUCCGUACGAGCGUCAAUCUGAACCAGAGAUCUUGUCACACAUCAGCUGACUUUUUUCUCGUCCCUACACGUUCCGCAGCCCUCUUCGCCUCCAAGGAAGGCGCUUCCAAAGUCCAGCUCCGAGCAACCUUGCACCCACUCGCUGCCCUCCCCCGCCACAUCACCCUCUCCCCUUUAGACAAAGCCGAUGAAGCAGCCUACUCGUUCCACUUCACCGCUGGUGCAUCCGCCAUCUCCGAUCGCGAACACUUCAAGAAGCAACUGACCCAUAUCAUCGCCAACAACCGCGAGCUCGAAGCGAACGCCGCGCUUGCACCCGUCGACGGCGCAACAUCCUCUUCGAACGAACCCAAGGGGAAAGGUAAAGAGCGGGAGGUGAUUGAUCUUACGACGAACUCGACGUUGUCGAAUCGAGCUGGCAAGACCGCAGCAGCCACAGCGGUAAACUCUUCGGCCGCAGCCGAUUUUCGACUGAGGAAACUCGUGCUCCAGGCCCAUCCGAACCUCAUGACCCUCCAUCGAGAACUCGUCAUGUCUGGCCAGAUAGCCGAAGCCGAAUUUUGGGAAGGUCGGGAGGCCCUCUUGGAGCAAGCACGAGCGGGGGAGGCCCAACUCCGAGGCAAGAGUGCAGCGAUGGUCGAUCUGAGACCCGAAACGAGCGAGUCGGGCGAGGUGACGGUCAAGAUCACGCCGACCCAGAUCGCCGACAUCUUUGCGGAAUGCCCGAUGGUGCUCAAGGCUUACAACGAAAACGUUCCCGUACCGGUUGAGUGGUAUUUUGAUCUUUUCGUUGAUUCCCAAAAUCCUGUCGGGCUGACGAUCGGCCCCCCUUGAUGAACAGCUCAACGACCAAGAGUUUUGGACACGCUACUUUCAAUCGAAGCUCUUCAACCGGAAUCGAACAACAAACCGUAGCGCCGUCGCUUCAGUCAAGGAUGACGCCAUCUUUGACAAGUACCUUGGUGAAGAAGAUGACGGUUAGUCCAGAGAUCAACGUCCAAACUAUGAAUUGCAUUGCCAAGGCGUUGUGGCUAAAUCCGGGCACUAGAUCUCGAGCCCAAGAACUUGCAGCAUCAUGACAUCUAUCGUCUACUGGAUCUCGCUGCCACCGAAGAAGAUCAACACGAGGUAAAUCCGCACGCCGAACUUGGUGCACAAAAGUCUAACUCGUCCUCAAUGUUUUACACAGGUCGACAUCCAACCCGAUGUGACGAUGCGAGCAGGGCGAGAACGCGCUGCACUUCCUCUCAUGCGAAGGUUCAAUGAGCAUUCGGAAAGGUUACUCAAUCAGUCCUUGUGAGCAUCCGGGAGUAUUGGGACAAUUGUCGAAAUGAAAUCAGAGCUGAUGAGUGUACUUCUGAACUCAGAGGUAACUCGGUCGAUCGGUCACGAAUCAGUUUCGAUCCUGGGAAUGCAGGGGUCAGUUGGCCUCAUUCACACCGACCUCUCAAGCUUUGACUGAAUAAAUCCCCUUCGAUUCUUCUCCCAGGACCGCAACUAUUAUGACGACAUCCUUCUCGACGACCUAAUAGACCACGCAGCCUCGGACCGCAUCGAACUGAACCUAAGUCAACAACGCAACAAAUUGACGGCAGCGACGUCGGCUUCGGAAUUGGACGAGGAGGGGGAUGCAAAGAUGAAGAUGAACGAGUUGGAGAUGGGGCAAAUUGUGAGGAGGGUCAAGCAGGAGAUGGAGGUGUGGGAACCUCACUUGUCCGAGGUCAGCUAGAGUCUCUUUCCUUUUUUUGGCUGCUCAUCCGAGGUGACUAAUCUCUCCCUCGAAUCACAGUUUCACCUCGACCCUGCAGCCAUCAACGCCUCAAUGGACGACAUGACCCAAUCCAUUCUCCUCAAAGUCGAACGCAACUCGCGCGAAUCGACCUCCAGUUCAGGAGGGAUACCCCGCUCGACCCUCGAUCAAUGCACGACGAUCGCAGCCAGUGCGAACGAAUUCCUGCGCCAAUUCUGGUCCGCGGUCUUGCCCCCCAAACCGGGGGACAUCAGCGCUCUCGCGUCCAGUACGCCGGUGCAGAAGGCGGCGAGGGCGGAAAGGAUGAAGAAUGGGUUGGAUCGAACGUUGGAGAGGAUUAGGGUUGUGGUGCAAGGGUUGGAAGAAGGGAGUGAGGUGAGAGCUAGGGUCGAAAGUGCGUUGUUGCCGGUUAGGGAAAGCGUCGAGACCGCGAUUACGUUGUUUGAGACGAGAACUUCGUAG